UUUAACCUCUACUACUACUCUCUUCAUCUAAAACCACUCUAAAAUUUUGUGUGCCCACAAAAUACAAACCAAAGCCAAAAUACCCAUAUUUUGUUUUAGAAUUUUUAUUUUUGGUCACAAAAAUGGGAUCAAAGAGGGAUUCACCAGUGAAUGUUUUGACUGAAUGGUUGAAUAACAGAUCAAUGAAAGUGAAGAUCUUUUUGGGGUUAGUGCUUGCUUUUUGUGGUGUGGUAACUCUAAAGUAUACUAUCACAGAACCUGAAUUUUUCUACAUAGCUUCUGGAUCAGUCCACAUUGCUGGCCUUAUUGUCCUUGUGUACAAACUUUUCGUUCAUAAGACAUGCUCUGGUUUAUCCCUCAAAAGUCAAGAGCUGAAUGUUGUAUUCCUAGCAACAAGAUUAGGUUGUAGUGUCUUCAUGGAAGCUGACUACCGCACUGUGUUGGAUCUAUUAUAUUUCUUGUUAACAUCGUUGGUUGUUUGGUUGAUAAGAUUUAGGCUCAAGUCUUCCUAUAUCAAGGAGUUUGACAACAUGUGGUUAUCCUUUUUGGUGGUACCUUCAGCAAUUUUGGCAGUACUAAUCAACCCAAUUACACCACAUUACUGGAUUGUCCGAGUCAUUUUUGCAUUCACUUUGUAUCUUGAAACCGUUUCAAUUAUUCCUCAAAUUCGUUUUAUGCAAAAAGCUAAGAUGGUUGAAACCUUCACAGGAUAUUAUGUGUUUGCUCUUGGUGUCUCAAGAUUCUUUGCACUAGCUUAUUGGAUUAUUCAUAUCUAUGAAACUGGAGGGCAAUAUCUAUUUUUUUUCGGUUAUGGCUAUUUUUGGAUGGUGGUUCUUCAAGUAUUAGAGCUAGUUCAAUCUUUAAUCUUGGCAGAUUUUGUCUACUAUUACAUCAAGAGCUUCAUGCAAGGACAACUUUUGAAGAAGAUGCCUGUUUAAUAAUCUUGAUUUGGCUAUACAAUGUACCCAACAAGAGUUUGCAAAUGUAAUUUAGUUUAAGGCUUGUUAUAUACUAAGAGGUGGUAUACAUAAACUAUUUCCAUUUUCUACAUGUAAUCCAUAUUUAUUUUAUAUAUGCAAAGCACAGACCGAUUUUGAAAAAGUAAUUCAAUAGUUUUAUUUGGUACUAGUUAUACUUA